AUGAGAGCAAUCAGUUUUUCCGUUUUGUUGGUGUGCUUCCUGUUUUCUGGUGCACUAGGAUUGCCGGAGAAAGGUUUAUGGAAAGAGCAUUUCACUCAUCAACUGAAUUCACCACAAGUAUCAACUCCUCUUCCGGGUCUACUCACUAAAACCUGGGAUUCCGGGGCUCAUUUGUUUCUGCUCAGCGUCAUCUGCGCCACGGAAGACUGUAACAUGAAUGUUGACGUGGAAGUGGAGAUGCGCAACCCGGACGGAACGUUCCUGUCUGCUGUCGAGUUUCCUUUCCUGCCGUUCAACGGAGUGAUGAGUUUCUUUUAUCUCAUUCUGAUCGUGACCUGGUUAGUGUUGAUUAUCCGCUACUGGAAGGACUUGAUGCGCAUUCAGUUUUGCAUCGGAGUCGUACUCAUCCUAGGACUGUGGGAACAUUUGACUCUGUUCGCCAUCUACGAGACGCUUCGCAAGUCGGGCGAGGUUGCUAGCUCAGCCGUUUACUUUGCCGAACUGAUUGCCUGUUUCAAACGUACCUUAGCGCGACUGCUGGUUCUUAUCGCGUGCCUCGGCUAUGGCGUGACCAAACCACGUUUGGGUACUAUAUGGUUUCGACGUUGUUUGGCGAUCGGUCUUCUCUACUUUGUACUUGUGACGAUGGAGGGGAUGACUCGGCUCUCACAACCUCGCUUCACAACCAGCUACUUUCGGCUGGCGACGCUCCUCCCUCUGUUAUGUUUGGACGCGGGCAUUAUGUGGUGGAUCUUUAUCUAUCUGGCGCGAACUCUACGCGAGACACGGAUGCGUCGUAAUCUGGUGAAGCAUCGACUUUAUCGAGAUUUCAGUUACGUACUGUUGGCGGUAUCAAUUAUCUCCGUCGCUUUCAUGGUGUGGUCUCUCGGCAUAUUCAAAUAUCAUCCCUGCAUUGAGAGCUGGCACCUCCUAUGGAUCGACGAUGCCUUUUGGCAGUUUCUCUUCGUUGUGAUCCUGACUUUCAUUGUGGUCCUUUGGCGUCCCACUGGGUCCAACCGUCAGUAUGCCUACUCGCUUUUGGAUAUAGCUAUUGACGAGGAAGUCGAUGAAGAAGAUGAAGAUGUACUGUUGGAUCGACUGGACCAAGAUGGAACUGAACUAACCAAAAUCCGCUCGCGACAACUCGGUGAAUCCGACGACGAUGCAGGUGAUGGCAAGGCAUCAGUGCAAUCCAGAAACGAUGAGCUUUCUCCGCUGCACUACGCACAGGGUCCGAUACCGGCGACAAUUGUGGAGCGUGCGUUAUUGGGGAGCGUAGUAGUGCGCUGCACAACCACCAACCCACCGCUACGCUCUAUUACGCUCCACAAUAACGCACUGAUGAUGUCAACUCGAUUGGUGAUGAAACGUUUGCAAUCGAAUUGCCCAACUCAGCGAACAAGCCAACGACCACCAUCUACGCUACCUGAGCUACCGACAUUUCCCUCUAUAGAAAGCCAUUGGCUAGGCUACACAGGCAUAUCCGUCACACAUGUUCUACCCCACCACCUCCUUCAUGGCUUUAUACGCCCGACCGUGAAGUAUGGUGGACACUGA